AGCCUCUUGCCAGCAGCCGUUGAAGGAGGGAGCUCGCCUGGAAUUAGCCUCCAGCCGGCCAGAAAACCCAGCUGUGCAAGCGAGGCCGUCCGUGGCUCCGUCCGCAGCUCCUGCGCCCCAGCCAUGCCCUGGCAGCUCUCUCCAGCGAUGCUGCUCUUCAUGUCCCUGGCUGUGAUUUUGCAUUACGGCAGUCAAGUAAGAGCAGCAGGGUUUCCAGAAAGCACAGAUUCUUCUCAUCCUACGAGAGCAGCAACAGCACAGGCCGUAGCAAAACCUUCUUUUCUGCAACCAACUAACCAAGUGCCUCACAGAACUACUGCAGGAAGAUCAACAGGGGGUCGCAUCACCUCUCAAGCAGCUGCCACAACCUCCAGCUCUGAGACCCCAACCACACACACAACAAUAAAAACCCUAACAACUUCCCUGAUAACCACGAACAGCACCCCGUCCACCAGCCCAAUAAUCCACACUUUAGUAGUCACAACCCUGGCCACCCCCAACAACUCACACACAGCUGCUCCAGUCACUGAGGCUACCGUCAGCCCCAGUGCAGCUCCCAGUUCACUGCCACCCACCAGCACCCCCCCGGUCCAUACGACUGGAACCAACUCAUCUACCGUCAGCCACACAACUGGGAAGACCACCCAAGCCAGUAACCAGACCACCCUUCCAGCAACUUUGUCCACCUCAACACACAUAAACACAACCAGUCAGAAGCCCACUCAACCCACCCAUGCCCUAGGAACAACCACAGCUGCACACAAUGCCACCCAAACAGCCUCACCUGUCACCACAACUCCCGGGCCCACCCUUGCACCUCUGCCAUCACCAGCCAAGACUGGAACUUAUCAAGUCCUAAAUGGAAGCAGGCUCUGUAUCAAAGCAGAGAUGGGGAUAGAACUGACAGUUCAAGACAUGCGGUCGGUUUUUUUACCUCUGAGAUACUUCAACAUUGACCCCAAUGCAACCCAAGCCUCUGGGAACUGUGGCUCCCGAAAUUCCAACCUUCUCUUGAACUUCCAGGGCGGAUUUGUGAACCUCACAUUCACCAAGGAUGAAAACUCAUAUUAUGUCAGUGAAGUGGGAGCCUAUUUGACUGUCUCAAAUCCAGAGACAAUUUACCAGGGAAUGAAGAGUUCUGUGAUGCUGUUUGAGACAGUGAUCGGGCAUUCCUUUAAGUGCGUGAGCGAGCAGAGCAUCCAGCUGUCAGCCCACCUUCAGCUGAAAACAAUGAAUGUCCAACUUCAAGCCUUUGAUUUCGAAGAUGACCACUUUGGAAAUGUUACAGUGGAUGAAUGCUUCAGUGACAUAAACAAGAGAGAAAUCCCUGUGGCCGUGGGCCUGAGUAUCGCAGGACUGCUUGUCAUCUUGCUAACAGCGUGCUUGGUGGCCCGAAAGAGGCCCAGUAGAGGAUAUGAGCGCAUGUAAAAGCCCGGCUUCUUCAGAAUGUGCAAGAUUAAGGCCUUGGGAAUUCUGGCUUCAUAUUCAGCCUACAGUGAAGGGAUCAGUUUUUCUAGUCGCCUGUCCCACCCUCCCAAUCUGAUUAGGAAAGCCAGCUUUCCAUCAGAAGGCCAGCCAGAAGCUGGCUGACAUGUAGCUCCCUCCCCUUUCCCCUGUGCGCGUGGGGAGGCCCUGCCACACGGGCUCGGGUUCCACCUUCCCACCUGAUGCUGCGGGCUGGCUGUGAGCAUUAGGGACAGGAGGCAGGACCUGAGCAGGGUGCUUGUGAGGACAAAGCAAAUACCCAAAGGGAAAAUUGUGGAAAAGACAUUUUCAUCCCGCACUGAGUUUUCUGAUACAUUAUUAAGAGUCUCACUCUCCAGGAUUUUUUUUUUAUAUAUAUUACUUUUCAAAAACCAAUCCACUUGAAAAUACAUUCUAAAGUGA